AUGUACGUGCUGUCCCAGUUCCCGACCCACACGCGCGUGGAUCUGCCCGAGUUUGUGCGCGGAGCGGAGCGCGCGGCCAAUACAGUGCUCCACAGACUCUACGCGCAGGACCAGAGCGAGACCAAGCAGUUCCUGGAGCAGUUGGCGACGCCCGAGAGCGUUAAGGUGCUGCUACACAAGCCCUCGGCCCCUGUUGAGGGGGAGAGCAAGCUGGGACGGGCUGUGCUGGAGCAACUCAACGUCAACGUUGCGGCGCUGGAGGCCGUCGAGUACACCAGGGAGAGGGUUGAGGAGGAGGUCAAGGCCGAGUGGCUCACGCUGCGCGUGCAGUACGACGUGACGGAGCACCUGCUGAUUUCGCCUGAAGGUGGAGACGGAAUUGAGGACCGAAAGGCUAUCAACACGAGGUUUGCGUGGACGUUUGAGGCCGAUGUCACCAACCCGGAAGAACUACAGUGGGGCAUCGUGGAAGCCACGCCGUUCGAAGAGAAGCCGGCAGUGCUCACGACGAACGCGGCACAGGCAGAAGAGAAGGACUGA